AUGAGUGAUCCCAGUAUCGAUUGGAGCAAAUCUGGCCUCCAGCUCGUGGAGCCCAAGUACUGUUUGUUAUCAAGUGCAUGUCUAUUGUACUACGACUACUUCCUCACCUUUCCAAGCGAGGUUCAGCUGAUCUGGCGGUGUCGAUGGAGUCCGGCGACAGGGUUCUUCCUGGUAAUACGCUACGGGGCGCUGCUCGUCAUCACUCUGGGAGUGGCCGAAGCCUUCUACCUGGGCCCUUCGGCAAUGACGGCAAGAAGCUGUCGAGCGCUCAUAGACGUCAUUCUCAUCAUGAACGGGAUACACUUCGCAAUAAUCUCCGCAUUCGUUGCCCUCCGCAUAUCCGCGAUAUGGUCGCACAACCUGUAUCUCGGAAUCUUCUUGUUCCUGCUAGGGCUAUUGAAUCCCUCUGUUCUGACACCGAUGCUCGCGUUCGGCUUCGAAGCCUUGCCCGGACCCCCAACUCUCAUUUCAUGUAUCAGUUAUCUCCCUCAAGAUACCAACUUAUUAGGGCCUCUGAUAUUGAGAUAUUUCCCAAUUGUCUCCUCCGCCGUGAGCAUCGUGUAUGAGCUGCUCUGUCUUCUCUUGACGAUGGCGAAGACGUUUUCUCUGUACCGCGAGCAACAAAAAGUAGGCAUAUCAACUCGGCUUACAGCACUAUUGCUGCAUGAUGGCUCGCUCUACUUCGCGGUUUUGACUGUGCUGGCUGUGAUUACCAUAGUGGCUGCAUCCAUCCCUCCAGGCUCUCCGAUCUGCAAGUCAACAAUGCUACUGCCAGAGCACUCACACCCAUCCUCACCACUCGAUUCAUUCUGGACCUCCGCACAAUCGAUCACGAACGAGGGCAGCCACUGA